AUUAAGGAACAUGCAGCCCUUGAUGAAAGAUUGAGUCUUGUUGAUGCCAAAUCCGUCCUGUCUUUCUUUGCUGAGAGAAUCCCGAGAAUAGGCAAAGACAUUGUAAAGGACGUCUGUCACUUUGCACUAGCAAGCAUUCAACCUAGGAUAGUUUCCUUUGAAGAACAAGUCACCAACAUUAGACUAGCACUGAGUAAAAUAUAUGAAGAAGACGGUCAAUGGAGUAACAGUGCUGAAGUAUUGUGUGGGAUCCCACUUGAGAGCGGACAGAAAAUAUACACUGCUGAUUUCAAGAUGGAGGUAUAUUUAAAGAUUACUCAGCUGUACCUUGAAGAUGAAAACCACAUCUCGGCUGAGGCCUACCUGAACAGAGCUGGACUGUUACAAGCAGAGGUCAGCAAAGGACAACUUCACAUCAUCUAUAAGGUUUGCAGUGCCAAGAUGGCCGACUUUAGACGCAAGUUUUCAGAUGCUGCAAGAAGAUACAUUCAACUGUCAUAUGAAUCAGCUAUACAUCCAGAUGAAAGAAUGACCUCACUAAAACGAGCAAUGAUAUGUACUAUACUGUCUAGUGCUGGUCAGCAGAGGUCAAAGCAGCUGGCAGCUUUAUUUAAAGAUGAAAGGUGUCAGCAUUUGCCCGCCUUCAACAUUUUGAACAAGAUGUACCUUGAAAGGAUCAUCAGGCCAUCAGAACUGGAAGACUUUGCUGCUUUGCUUUCUCAGCACCAGAAGGCUACGACUGCUGAUGAUUUUAAAAUAAAGUAACACAAGGAAUUAUUAAAAGCUGAAAUUAAUAGUGUUGUUUUUGUUAACAACAACUAAAACUAAAUCCUUUU